GGCCCCCUCUGUUUCCGGCCUGGGCUUCGAAAAGGCCAGCUAACCUGAGGUUUAACAGUUCGUGGUUGGUUCAACAACCGCAUCAAGAACCACAAACCAGCGGCACGAAGCGACACCACUUCGGCUCAAGUUCCGAAACGACAUUAUCUGAAUACCUUCUGCACGCUCAUUCAUUUCCCCCCUCCCCUUUUCCAACAAUUCAGUUCCUUCGUUUUCUUCAGUCCCAUCUCUUGUGCAUUUUCCCCCUUGCGGGCUUCAAUCAACAACAACAACAACAACAAUACUAUCGCUACGCCUCCUCUUCCUCCUUUCUUCUUCUCCCCCUUCUUCUUUUUCUUCUUCCUCCCCCUCCCCCUUCUUGCCUCCUCCUCCCAAAGCAGAUCCGCCGCAUCGUUAGGUUAGGUUUCUGGGCAUCAUGAUGUUGUUGACGUCGGCACUGUCGGCCUUGUGGCUGGCCACGGCGGCACACGGUGCUGUGCAGCAAGAUGCAGAGGGCAACGUGAAGAGCAUUGGACUCAGGACGCAUAGCUUGAACCAGCCAUACUUGGACUCAGACACGCAAAGUCGGUGGUAUGACUUUGGAGGAGACACCAUUAUCCGUACAGACCAGUACAUUCGUCUCACAUCCGACCGGCCGUCGCAGAUGGGCAACCUUUGGUCCAAGGUGCCCUUGACAGCAACCAACUGGGAAAUCGAGGUCGAGUUCAAAAUUUCCGGAAAGAACCAGCUCUAUGGCGAUGGGUUUGCCAUGUGGCUCACCAAGGAGCGCGGGCGCGAGGGGCCUGUUUUCGGCAACCAGGACAAGUUCGAGGGUCUCGGCAUCUUCUUCGACACGUACAAGAACAACCGGCCCGGCGUCGUCUUCCCCUACGUCAUGGCCAUGGUGGGCGACGGACGGACCUCCUACGACAAGGACACGGAUGGCAAGAACCAGGAGCUGGCUGGCUGCUCGGCCCGCGGUAUCAGGCACGCCAACGUGCCGACCAAGUUCAAGCUGUCGCACUUUCAGGACAAGUACCUGAAGCUCGAGCUGCAGUACAAGAACGAGGGCGAGUGGCUCCUCUGCUUCGAGACCAACCAGCCGCCCACGAUUCCUCCCGUGGCCUACCUCGGCUUCACGGCCGAGACGGGCGAGCUUAGCGACAACCACGACAUCAUCUCGAUCAACGCCAGGAACCUCUACACUACCGCACCGCCGACCAAGUCCACCCCUGGUAGUGGCAAGGGCAAGAAGGUGACGGAUCAGCAAGCUGAGGGUAGCUGGACCUGGUUCCUGGUGAAGACGCUCUUCUUCUUCUUCGCGGUGGGAGGUGCCUAUGUCGGAUACACGGCGUACAGGACGAAGCAGCAGCGCAGCCAUCGCUUUUAAGGGAUAUGACAUUUGGGGAUCAUGAUGGGAUGGGAUGAUGGUGGUGGUGAAUCGCGAUACGCAAUCGAGGAGAAGAGAAAGAAAAAAAAGAGAGGAUGAGGAUUCGCACAUACAGUUUCUGCAUUGGCGCGGGUGGCACGGACGGUCUAUUUUCUUUUUUCUUGGUUUUUGGGUGUAUUUCGAGCUUGCCCUUCUACAGAAGAGGCGGUAUUCCGAGACGACUGCCCUUUACUCAUUGCGACGGUCAAAAUGGGACUUUUCUUACAUCUCUGCCCUUGCCUGUCCCUGAGAUAUAUAAGCCCUGAUCCUGGAGGUGACUAUAGAAAACCACAUUUGUGUCCUCCGACGCACAGGGUUACUGCUUUUUUCCUAAACUGCCGACAAGCGGGAUUCUACACAAUUACCAGUGGGUAUACCUAAUGACAGAGCCAGGUAGUGUAGCCUCCCCCGAAUACCAAUGGUCGGUUUGAAAAGAGAAUUGAAAAAAAAUGAAAUUGACAUGA